UGGAGUGAACAAUCUGAAUGGACUUUAUCCGUGUGAAUCGAGCCAAUUCAAAUUAAGAUGGAGGUCUCUUUGUGUGUACACGUCACGUGUGUGUACGCGUGUUCCACAUGACACAGACAGCGUUAAUUGCUUAGUGCGUCACGUGGGACGCAUUUAACAAUCAUUGGGCAUGUGCAGGGUGGAACGAGUCAAUUUUCUAUUAGAAUGGGGAGGAGUAAAUUGGUAACCGCAGAGAUAAUUAGCGUGGUGGUGACGGGUCGCAAGGACUGGAGUUUGGCAAACCCUGUCGUAGUUUACACCGCAGUGGUUUCGGUGACCCCCUCCCUCCUACUGAGCGAACAUGAACCUCCUCCUCCUCUGCUGAGAUUUACGAGCGCCCCUCUCUUGCGUUAGAACCGCGACACUCUCUGUCGGCGACGCGGGGUCACUGCAGCGAUUUGAGCCGAGCUGACCUCUCGGUGGGCGGUUCGUCCCGUGCGCGAAAAUGAACGUUGUGAGAUUUACGGCCACUCUCCGCCGGCACUGGAUGGAACAUCCCCACCCCUGGGACACCGCCCGCUCAGGGAUUCAUUUCAGGCGGGUCUGUCUGUGCCUUGUGACCCGGGAAAUAUUUACACAGUCGGUACACCACGUCGGGUAAUUUCUCUCACUACGGCCGCGGCCACCUCUCGUCGUGUGCCACUUAGGCCAGCCUACCAGCGACAUGGGAAAUAUUGUCGGUGGUAAAUCGCGCCCUGGGGUGCGCUCGUUCGUAAAUUUCCGCCGUCUCUGAUUGUGAUCAGGAGGGCGGAGGUGGAGAGAGAGCGGCUGCGUUGAGUGAGACGGAGCUCGCGAUGAUGGAGUGCCCGGGCCCUCUUGUGACUUCACUCGGCUCAGCACAACCACGUAGCUCACGUAAGUCAGGGUUUCCAAACCAUAAUGAACUGGUGGCCACCUGUCAGAGGCAUGAACUGGUAUGGUAAGCCACCUAAAAUAUUAUUUUCCUUUAAUUGCGAUGCUUUAGUGUAGAUGCCCUUGUGUGAUGCCACCAAGUGUCCCAGGAGCAUCACGACCCAUUCAUUGAAAGUACGCGCGUCUCACGAGGCACCGCUGAAUUGCGCAUUUCUCAAGUUAAUUGCACCGUAUUCAUUUCCUGGCCCAAGGAAACACAAGGUGGGUUAAAGUAUUGUGCCCACAGAAUUAGCACGGCAGUUUUACUUUGAAGAAGCCACGCCACAAAAAUAUCAUAAUAUUAGUCGUGAAAGCCGACAAAUACAUUUUUAUAUGUCAACUAAUGCACUGCCAGAUAAAGGCCUCUGACACCAUGUCAGUCGUGGGGGUUGUAUGACCAUACUUCACCACGCUGAUUGGGGCCCUGGACCGGUUCAUACAUCACUCAUCACUGAUGUUAGCCGUGGCUGGGAAUCUUAACACGGACUCCUGGGUUCAUGAAGCAGUGCACGAACCUCCACGCCAACGCUCCCCCCCACCAAAGUGACCACGAAAUAAAAAUUAUCUCCAAUCCUGAUCGCAACUGCAGACCCUCUAGUAUUUAACCAUACCCCCCCCCCUCCCCCGUGCAUGGUAUCUCAUCACAGAAACAAGGCAUUGGGAAUUUGCACCGUGUGGAAUUUGGGGAGAGUGUCAUUUGCCCCUAGUCACAGGGUACAUUUAAAUUAGACCAUACUCAAAUAAUUCUGUCUCCCUUUGCAGUAAAUCCUCUCCACCCCCCUCAGUAAAAAAUAAAAAUAUAUUUUCUAUUUCUCAUUCUCACAGUUCAGGAAUUCGCGGGCAAAGUCACGCCACCGCAGCGGCACGUUAUGUAACGAUCGUGCAUCGGCAUGCGCACCCCGCCAAAAAUGAAAUCAAAGAAACGACUCCCGAUCACAACAAGGAUGAGAAUUUUUUUUUUGCGACCGUAGAGCGGGGGGCGGGGGGGGAGCGAUUUCAGAUGGGGAUGCAGGAGUGGCUGGCCGGGUGCCAGAGCCGACUGCCACUGCCGUAUAAAACCUGGGGCGCGAUGGUGGGUGCGAGAAAGCGCGGCACACGCGCGUGGCACUGUCGCGAUGGAACCUCCGCUGCUCAAGCGGCUGGCGCGCUGGCUCUUGGUGGUGCCGCGCUUCCUCGCGUCGGCCCUGGCGCUCUGCCUGCUCGACCUGCCGUGCGUGCGGCGGCGAGCGAUGCGCUCGCUGGCCGACGAGGCGCGCCGUUCCGGCACGGCCGACACCGACCCGCCGUGGCGUAUCUCCGACUCGGAACGCACGUUCACGCGGGCCUCGCUCGCCGCCGUGUGGCGCGGCCACGUCCUCGACGCGUUCAAGGAGGCGCGGGCAGGCGGGCUCGCGCCCAACACGCCCGUUGAGCGAUUGGACGGCGGCGGCGGCCCGAGCGGCGGCGGCGGCGGCGGCGGCGGCGGCGACGCCAGCAGCACCAGCGCGCGCGUUCUGGACUUCGCGCACGGCUCCCGGCCGCUCGUGCUGAGCUUCGGCAGCGGCAGCUGACCGCCGUUCAUGGCGCGGCUGGGCGCAUUCGGGCGGCUGGCGCGGGAGUUCAGGCCCGCCGCCGACUUCCUGCUGGUGUACGUGGAGGAGGCCCACCCGCUCGACGGGUGGAGCACCGGCGACGCCCCGUUCCAGCUGCCGCGCCACCGCAGCCUGCCCGAGCGUCUGGAGGCCGCGCACCGCCUGGCGGGCCUGCUGGGCCCCGCGUGCCCCGUGGUGGCCGACACGAUGCGUAACGAGACGACGGCGGCGUACGGCACCGCCUUCCUGCGCCUCUACAUCCUGCAGGCCGGCGUCGUCGUUUACAAGGGCCCCAGCGGGCCCGAGGGGUACCGGCUGAGCGAGGUGCAAGCUUGGCUCAGAGACUUUACGGCGCGGCAGCAGCAGAAGCUGUGCUCGUUACUCAGCGUUUAAGAGUCGGAGUGCAGGCACCUGCCAUGGGGGUCGGUGUCGAGGUCACAGUUUUUGUAAAUCUUGCUCAGCGGUGAAUAUUUUUCUUCUUGUUUUUUUUACUAAGAGAAUAAGUGCAGUAAAUACUGUUGUUGCCUUAAGGGGAUCUGUAACAGUUUACAUCGACCACCACUGUUCUUGGAAAGAGGAAAAACGAAAUCGGCAAUUGGAAUAUCGGAGAUAACGCAUAGGCAAUGGUACAAAGAGAUGAGCCAGAAUAUCUGUAUAGUGUUAAAGUUAGUUAUUUUUACUAUUAACACUGCCUUAGAACAGAAUAUACAAAAUAUGCAGCCACACGCUAUACAUUGUUUCUGUUAUAAGACAUUGUUAAUGAUAAGCUGGUCCGCACCUCCGAUUAGCACGGUUGGCUACGCACGGUGCAAAAUAAGUUCAACAUACACAUUAUUAUUGUUAUUGUUUGCGCACAAAUUAACGUUCCCAGUUAGUGGAACACGAGACAAAUUAUAUCUCGCGUUUCCUCAGUUUUACCGUGAUCAAUUAGCGUAAAUGAUGGACUGGGAGAUUUGCGAGCAUACUUAUAUAUUUACACAGUGGCGGGUAACCUAAGGAACACGUGGAAUAAUCCCCGUUCAUUUACCUAUUUUGUAUCUCUGCACAUUAACGGUGCCUUACUGCAGAAAUUCACAUCAAAUGACUUAAACGCCUUCACUGUGAUGGUUUUUUAUGAAGACGCAAAGCCCCAGUUUACGUGCGAUUAAAGUAAACACGAUGUUUUCUCUCAACCGUGUAACAUAAAAACAGUUGGGUAAAAAAAAAUUGUAUUUGUCUCCCAAUGCAUUCAGUUUAUUUCUCAGAAACGAUUAUUUAUUGGCAACAAUUUAUUUGCAGUGCAAAUACGAUAGUUUGUUUGUGCCAAACUUUUUUUUUACUUUUUGUUUUGCGCACAUUCAACACUGCCUUAUAAAUGGAACACGACGAGGAAUUUUCAUGAUUUAAAGCUUUCGUGACUGCAGGGAUUCAUAUUCUUGGUUCUUUCGGUAAAGUCACGUA